AUCUGAAUAUUCACACGGGUAAAGAGAGGCGCUCGGCUCGUUUGGUGCCAGUUUGCUCAGUGGACAUAGUGUAAAAUAAAAAUAUAAGGGUAUGAAAAGAGGAAGCGAUAAGGAAACUGAGGUCCUAAAAGAACACAUUGGGGAAAUUUAUUUGUAAUGACCACUAUGGCCGUUCCUGCGACUCUUCCAGUUAACUCUGGGACUUCUGCGGUGUCCGGUAAACUUUUCAGGACCGACCCGUUCUACACGAGUCCCGCUGACUCGCCGCAACUGAUAAACUCCCUGAACGCGACGCUUCAAAGCGGUCCGGCGACCAACGAAUGCAAGAUCGUGGAGGUGCACGGGGUGAAAGUCGCUUCUUUCAACGUUGAUGGACAGGAGCUCAUUUGUCUCCCGCAAGUCUUUGACCUUUUUUUGAAGCACCUCGUUGGCGGACUGCACACAGUGUACACGAAACUCAAGCGUUUGGAUAUAAACCCGGUGGUGUGCACUGUGGAGCAGGUGCGCGUGUUGCGCGGACUCGGUGCCAUCCAACCCGGAGUGAACCGCUGCAAACUCAUUUCGAGAAAGGAUUUUGAGGCGCUGUACAACGACUGUACCAACGCAAGCUCUCGUCCUGGCCGCCCACCGAAGCGCUCCUAUGGCCCCAGAAUCCUCCACCACAGAGCAAACAGCCUGCUGUCUCCAGCCCUGCUGUCACCCACAGACCUGUCAACAGCAGCAAUGGCUGAAGCUUUGAAGAUUCAGAAGAUGAAGAUGAUGAUGAAUUUACACAAGAACCACAAUGGCUCAGAAUUCGAUUCAGAUGAGCUUAAUUCUAAUACAGGACUUAUUGGUUUGUCCUGGGAGAGAGAGAAACAUCCAUCACCUGCCUCAGAGAAAACACAACACAGCAUGAACAACUCUCAGCUCAACUCUCUCCAACACGCCCAUCUACUGGCCAACAGACUGGACCUGCCCUUCAUGAUGAUGCCGCAUCCCCUGCUUCCUGUUGGACUUCCUCCCGCCUCUGUUGCCAUGGCAAUGAACCAGAUGAACCACCUUAAUACAAUUGCCAACAUGGUUGCCAGUGCACAGGUGCACAGCUCUGUCUCCAGGCCGACAUCUGUCAUCAAGCAGGAGUGUUUUGAAGAUGGUCCAUCUCUGACACCAUCUGUAGAGGGGACCGUUCCUCAGAAAACCGAGCCGUCACCUCAACAUACCAGUUCAGUUUCCAGCAGCCCCACACACCCUUACACACACUCUCCACAAAAAGCAGCUUAUGACGUUCAUGAUGAACAGAGGAAGACAGACACAACUCUGCAUAUGAAAAGCCUUUCCAACGACAGGGUUGAGCAGAAUGCGGUGAACCCAACAAUAUUUGAGAAGAUCCCCCCUCAAACGUUUCCUGCGGGAUUCCCUGCUUCCCUCCUAUUCACAGACGGCCUCUCCUCUGUCGAGACGCUUCUCACUAAUGUCCAGGGUCUGCUAAAGGUUGCUUUGGAGAACGCUCGUGUGCAGGAGAAGCAGCUUCAGCAGGAGAGGAGAGAGCUGAAGAUGGAGCUGUACAGAGAGAGAGAGAUGAGAGAGAGUCUAGAGAGACAGCUCACUUCUGAGUUACGCAGUCGAGCCACCAUUCAAAGACGUCUGAAGAAGGAGAAGAAGGCAAAGAGGAGGUUGCAGGAGGCUCUGGAAUAUGAGUCCAAGAGGAGAGGGCAAAUUGAGCAGGUCUUACAGCAGGCCACCUCAUCAGACUCUCUCACACACGAUCCAAUCAGUCUGGACAUGGAGACGGAGCACUGCAAAAGCCCAGAGGAAAAUUGCAUGUUACAAGAAACCAGAACAUACACAAAGAACCCAAUAAUGUACUAAGAAGAGGCAAAGUCCUAAUAAAAGGCAAGCCUGAUCUCCACAUUGGGGAUAAAACCUACACAAAAAAACAAGACACUUCCCAAAUUCCAGAGAGGACUUUGUGGCUUUUUAUAAAAUGAAGAGAUGUUGGAGAAUAUUUGAUCUUUGAGUGAAAGCAUCAUUCCCAUCCUCUGAACCUCACAGCAUUCCAAAUUACUCAAUGGUUGUUAUAUCUACAUAGACUUUACAUAAUUCCCUUCUUAAGCUCACUUGAUGUUUGAAGAGCAGUAAUGCCUUCCUGUUAUUUGUUCAGAGGUAUCUACUGACAUGGAUUCUGCCGUCACUUUAAGAACAGUGACCCACAGUUCCAUAUGCUCAAGAUGGAAUGAUGAAAAUGUAAAAAAUGGGAUAAGACAGGGAGCUUGUUUCUGGCUUUCAGAGAAGACCACUUAGUGUUUUUAACUCUUGUUGUUUGAAAGACUCAAAAUAGAAGAGUAUGAGAACAUUACAUUUUGUUGCUUUUCUCUUUAUGUCAAUGUUCUCAUUUUCUGUCCAUUUCUUUGUAGGUUUGAUUAGCUUCCCAGUGCUUUGAUUAAUCACAAAAAUGUCAGAGUUGAAGAGUCAAAACUGUUUCUUCAGUUUGAGCUUUUUUCUUUUUUCUUUUUUUUUUGACUGUAUGUGAUUGUUUUGUAUUUUUAUGACCUUGCAUUAUUUAACUGGCUUUCAGUCUGAAGGAAAAUCACCUGAAUCCCUUUCCACUCAUUGAAUGUACUCACUGUAUCCUGUAUUUUUAAAAGUUCCGUGUUGAAAUCCUUCUUAAAGUCAACAUGAAAUCAAAAUUGACCCUGGUUCCUGGUCUUACUGUGAACAAAUUGUUGGUGCACAUUAUUCUAAAGAGUCUUUGUAAUAUUUCAUUAAAUUUGCUCUGCCUCUAAAACGACUUUCUCUUUUGGCUGACGUCAUCAAGUCCUCUUAUUUUUGAGCCCCUCCCCUCCAACCACCUGUUAUGUGGAGACCACUUUUCACAAUCCAAUCAAUUGCCGAUAAAUUAAAUGAAGCCCCGCCCUAUGUUUUUCUCGUUAAAUAUCCUGUUUCUUUCUGAAAUUCAAUAUUGGAAUAUAAGUCCCAUUAUAGAAAUAAAAUGGGUUUUGAAUGCUGUUUCUUGUUGACUUUAAUGGAAAAUACUGUGUUACUAUAUUUCAAAAACAUCACCACACUCAUUCGAGCAUUGUUUCGAAAGUCUCCCUGAAAGUUUCUCCCUUUAUGUGUUAAGGAUGUCUUUGGUUUGGAUGAAACCUGUGGAUUUUGUAAAUGUGUUUUCCUGUUCCCAAGCAUUUACAGAGAUUUGAUUCACUAACCAUUUUAGCAUUGGCUAAAACUAGACACUAGACCGCAGAGGAUAUUAUCUUAUGUGUUUGGCAUUUUUCCCAGCAUAUGAGUCUUUAUUUAGUCUGAGAGUUACUUAAAGAGGAAAACAGACUUCCCAUGGAACAGAAUUCCCUGCUGAUGUCAUCAGGAUGAGCCAUCGGUCCUAUAGACUUUCAAAUGAUAAAUGAUGUCUCAAAAGGUCUAGAUCAAUGCCUGUCACCAUUUUAUCCUCCAAAAAGAAGCAACAACACAAAUAAACAAAGAAAUGCUCAUGUCA